CAAAAAAAACAUUACAAUUAAGCAAUUUUCAAUAUGAAGAAAAUUUUAUUAUAGAUAAAAAACCUUGGUAUAAAUUAUAUAAUAUUAAUUGUAUAAUUUUGCAAUUAGAAUCUGACAAAACAAUGUCACAAGAAACUAUACAAGGUUUUAAAAAUCUUCAAGAAUGCAUUAAAAAUUUUUUAUCUAAUUCUGAAGAAAGUUUAUUAAAUCUAAAUAUUCAAAUUGAUGUUUUUAAAAAUGCUAAGCUUAAAU